GACGCCGCUAAAACAACAAACGACCAGUCUACCUCGGAUAAAUUCAAAACCCCAACGGCUAUCUUUCUCAAAGAACCAACUGCAUUUCACUUUUCUCCUUUGCUCCACUUUAACCCUUCAAACUCCUCCUUUACCACGCAUGUUUUCACGAAAGAAUCAUUAAACCAAGAAGGAAAGACAGCCCACAAGAAAAUCAGGUUUCAGACCUCUAAUGCGAGCCCCAGUUCUUGAAUUUGUGCAAGAACAGGUUUGUCUGCAUAUAUUGUUGUGAAGUGAGGAAAAAUGGAUGGUGUGUAUGAAGAGCUGGAUGAGGCUAGAGCCGAGAUUGAAAAGCUCCGGGAAGAAUAUCGAGCUAAAGCAGCAUUAGCAGAAACUUUAAAGAGAGCCCACAAUGAGCAACUGAGCAAGAGCAAGGAGGCAAGUUCCAAGUUAGAGAAGCUAGCUCAGGAACUUAGUGAGAAAGACUAUGAAAUCUCUACAGCGAGGGGAAUGUGUGAGGAGCUGAAGUCUAGUUUGACAGAGCAAGAAUCCAUAAUCAAGAAUCUCUCGUCUGCACAUGAUAGACUUCGUGUUGACUGUAAUGAGAAGCUUCGUAGGUGUGAAGAAGAGAACAAAGCACUGGGAUCGGCUUUGGAUGAUGCCAAUGCCAAAAAUAUGGAUCAAGAACGGCUAAUUUCUGCACUCAAACAAGAGGUUGAAGGAGUUAAGAGACUUUUAAGCUUUUCACAGAAGAAGUGUUUAGAAACUGAGAAUAGAACUAAUGUUUCCAAGGAGUUGGGACAGAGGGAAGAAGUGUUCGUCAAAUUGGAGGAGGAGAAUAGGAAGUUUGAAGAUCAGCUGAAAUGGAAGAAGGAACAGUUUGGGCAUUUGGAAGAAGCCCAUAAAAAGCUUCGAAAUGAGGUUAGGAUGAAGGAAAAGGAGUGGGAGAAGGAGAAAGCUGAACUUCUUGAUGGGAUCUCGUCUCUAGAGACGAAGUUGGAAUCUCAAACUAGAAUUUCACAAGAUCUACAACAGCGGCUUGAGAUGUGCAACCAGGCUUUGGCUCACUCUGAGAGCAAGAGAAAGCUUUUGGAAGUUCAACUUUUGGAAUCAAGAACGAGCUUUGACAGCGUUUGUGCUGAAUAUGAGGAUGCCAAGUUAAAUUUUGAGAACUUGACUGCUCAGAGGGAUCAAGAAAUCGCAUCUCUGAGGAGCUCGUUGGGAACAAAGGAGAUACUUUACAGAGAAAUGGAGUAUCAGUUCAAGAAGCUGGAGCAAGAGAAGCAAGAGUUGCUGGUUUCCGUGAAAGAACUCCAAGAAGCUCAAAUUCGUGUAGCUGGAACGUCCUCAUCUUCUAAGCUUCAGAACAAGCUCAAAUCUUUAGAACAGGUACACAAGGGCUGUUCAACAAAUCUCAAAACGAGAGAAUCUGAAUGGCGAUCCCAGAUGGAGAAAUUAUCGGAAGAACUAAAUUGCUGUAGGUCGGCAUUAAAGAGCAGGGAUACGUCUUUGAAUGAGCUCAACCGAGAACUUGAAGCUUGUGAUUCUCUGAUACUAAAGUUGGAGUUACUGAAUCAGGAGACUUCGCUUGUUUUGUUGGUUUUGAAAUCUGAAUUUCGAGAAGCCCAACUCAGGCUUGCCAAUAAUCAUUCUUGCAUGGAUCUGAAGAGCAUACAAAUGCAGGAAAAUGUAAAUGAGCUACUGGAACAGUUGGAGAAUAAGAAGGCUGCUCUGACCAGUGUUCAACAAGAUCUCGAGGAGGAAAGAGAGAAAGUCGUUACUUUGUCGAAAAAGGUUCAAACUCUUGAAGAAUUGCACUUUCCUCUGCAGAAAGAGCUGGAGAGGCUCAAAGAAAUGCUCAAGGAAUCAAAAACAUGUCAACUACAAUCAGAGGAGCAAGUGCUGCAAAUACAAAGUGACUUGGAAAAGGUGCAUGAUGCUCUCGACAGAGCGAAUGGCGAGCUGUAUGAGAAAUUCUGUGAAGCAAAUCAAAUUGAAUUUGAAUUGCAGAUAUGGAAAUCUAUCGCCGAACAGCUGGAAGAAAACCUCAAACAAAACCACCAGAUGCGUAAGGAAGUAGAAGCUUCUCUUCUUGCACAGACGGAGGUCGAGCUGAAUCUUAAGCAAGAGAAAGAAAAUCUCAGCCAUCAACUUGAAGAAAAAGAGAAACAAAUCGACGAUCUUCAGCAACAGCAUCUCGAAAUAAAUGAGAGCAUGAAGGUGGCCGAAAAUGCCAGUGCAGAAACAGAAACAUCAUUUGCAAAUGCAGAAGGGAGGAGACAGAUAGAGAAGCACGAGGCAGAAAAUCUUCACCAGCUUGUCGAAGAGAAAGACCAGAGAAUAUAUGAUCUGCAGCAGCUUGUUGCAUCAUUGGAGCAGGAGUUUGACAGCUCAACCGCCUCCUUUUCAUCCCGACUGUCGCAGAUGCAGACAGAGAUGAUCGGGCUCCACAAAUCAUGGGAACAGAUCAAGGCAGCCGAGGUCUUCAAAGAGAUGGAAAUUCAAGAGAAAAACAUGAUGAUCAUAGAACUAGAAACCGAUCUGGGCAGUUCUAAAACGAAAAUACAAGAAAUCGAAGUUCAACUAGAGAAGAAAGAGCUAGAACUACGCAGAUUGGUACGUGAACUUGAAGCCAAAAUUAGUACAUCAGACGAAACAAUCAAGAAGCUCACAGAGAACAACACGAAUCUGUCAUCAGAAAACAAGAAAUUGGUGAAUUCCAUGGACUCACUAUCUGAAAGAGUGGAACGGUUAACUGCUGAAGACAUGCAGCUGAUGGAGAGUUUGGGAAAGAUCGUCCAGGCCAUCGACGUUUCCAGGCCGUCUCAGCCUGGAUUUAACAGUGAUGACGAAGACGACGACCCUGUAAAGGAGAACAUGAGCAUUAUUGUGUCAUCUCCCUUGAUGAAGAGAGUUGAAGCCAUUCAUGAUAAUGAAAGGUCACCAUUGAGAGCUAUCAACACUUAACAGCUAACUGUUGGGAAAAAUUCAAAUAACUUCAAUCAGUUCUUUCACUUCUUGGCCAACUGUUAUGUAUAUGAUUCAAGUCUUAUGCUUAUUGGAGUAUAAUUUAU